CCUUGGUUAUUUUAUUUUCUCUCUCCUCACUUAAGACUAAAUAAAAAAACCCCAAAAUUAUUUCUCACUCACUCACCCGGCAAAGUGUUCUUGAACAAACACCAGAUCCAAUUUUCCCAGGAAACCGUCGAGCGCCUCAAGCCAAAGCUGUCGAAUUCCAGGUGAGAGAUCUGGGUUCGAUCCUUAUUGGGACUCUUCUUUAGGAAAUUUCCCCUUAAUGAGGAGUCUAAGAAAACGCAAAUUCCCCUGUCCACACACAGGCUACAGCUAAUAUUGUUUGUUGACAACUUUGACAAAGUCAAUUAGACCAUAUCCUUAGUACACGCUUUCCUCCACUUUUCUUACAAUUAAAGCCUAAAAUACUGAUCAUAGAAACACACCCUUGCUAAGAAAAUGGAGUUCUUCCAGAGAGCAAAGGUCUUCCGGCUAAAAUGCAGCCACCACAGCAAGUACCUACUAGCUGACGAAGAUGAGGAUCGAAUCAAGCAAACCCGCGACAGCUCCUCCAACAGAGCCCGUUGGUAUUACGAGCUUGUCGAGGGGAAGGCCAAUGUCAUCCGCAUCAGGAGCAGCUGGAACCAUAGGUACUUAGCAGCAUCUGAAGACCCGUUUCUGCUCGGCAUGACAGGAAAGAAGGUUAUACAAACUAUUAGACAGGGUGCCAUUUUAGAGUGGCAGGUUAUUAAACAAGGCUUGUAUAUCAAACUUAUGAGUCACACAGGAAGUUUUCUAAGGGCCAACCCUCGUGUUCCCCCUUGGAGAAAUUCUGUUACUCAUGAUGAACCUGCUAAUUGGACCGCCACUGAUCACAUGAUCUUGUGGAUCGUUGAUAUUGUCGAGAUGGAUUAUAGCUCAACUGGGGCACAACAUGUCAAGCAGGGAAUAAGUAGUGUUCAAGAUCAAAAACCUGUGAAUUCUGAUUCCUUCAACAAACUCAAGUCCGAAUUAUCAAGCCUAAAUGAUGAUCUUCAUAGCCCCAAAAGUCAAGGAGCAAGUCCGGAUACAGUUUCCGGGUAUGGCCAGGAAUCUACCUCAGAUGAGUCAGAACAUAUGCACCAAAUUGAAGUUACAAUGGCUAAGAAAACAUUCAAAGAAUUAAAAGACCUUGAUUUCCAUACCAUUCUAUCUUCAAACAGAGAUAAAAAGCUUGAGAAGGUCAUUGAGGUGCUUAUUGCUGAUGCACAGAUGUCAUCCCAAGGCGAUGUCCCUAGUGAUCUUCUCCAUCUCCAGGAGAAACUCGAGCUAAUGAAGAGUGAACAUGACGCCGCCUCCCAAGAUUUAAUUGAAUACACUAAUUUCUCUACUCAAAGAGUGAAGCUCAUGGUCGAACUUAAGAAGGAUGCUGCUCAAGCUCGUGAGCUAGAGACUCUUCAGGUCGAGUUAGGAACUUUACGAGCCCAAAGAAAGGAGUUAGUGAAGCAACUUGAGGACAUUGAGCAUAUUAUCAAGGAUUUGGAGACAACUCAGGCUAACAAUUUGGAAGAAGUUGAAGAGCUUAUAUCGAGAAUGGGACAGAAGAGCCACAAACUCGAGGAGAUGAAAGUCGAGGAGGAAACAUGGCAAGUGAAGAUAACUGAGGCCAAUAGAAUGCUGGAAAGAGUAGAAGAAGAGUGGGAGAAGAUUAAAACAAUGUUUCUUGAUUGAUUGAUAUUAGGAAGAAAAAAAACUCCAGUUGUACAUUUAGGCCUAGAUACAAGUUUUUGUGCAGUUGUGCAGUGGGCACCAGUUUCUUGAUGCUACUGACUAUACAUAUUAGGCCAUUCCUUCUGUUUUCAUUUAUUACCUCCAUAUUAUAACUUCAUUCUUAUAUGUUAAUAAGAAAGAUAAUGGUACUAUUUUUUCCCUACUA